AUGAUGGGUACUCGCAAACAGGGGAAGAUUGGUCGUCAUAUGAAAUGCUGCGUGAAUGGGUGUGAUAAUUUCAAAGGAUUAGAUGGAGAAGAAGGGCCAGUUCGAUUGCAUAAGUUCCCAUCACACAUUGAACAGUGUAGUAAAUGGAUCAUAUUCAGUGGUAAUGCAGAGUUAACUCAUGAUACCGUGAAACAGUAUCGGAUGUGCAGUGAUCAUUUUAAUGAUUCAGAGUAUAGUAAUGUAGUGAAACGUAUUCGUUUAAAGAAAGGUGCUGUGCCUACAAAAAAGAAAGUCAAUAGAGAUGGGGGUUCCAAAGAUGAAGGUGAAGAAGAAACAAAAAAUGAAGGAGUGAAUGAGGAAAUAGAUGAUAACAAUCAUAAUAUUGUAUUAGAAGAAGGAAUCAUAUUAAAUGUUGAAGAGACAGAAAACAGUGAAAUUGAUGAGGUAUACUCUACAAAGAAAAAUGGUACUGUUACAUCUGAAAAAGAUACUUGUUCUGAAAAUUGCAAAAGAGAGCAUAGUGAAACUAAUCAGGUGUUUAUGGAAAGUGUCAGAGAAGACGAACAUGUCCUACAUAUUUCUGGUAUAUGUUGUGUUGACAUGAAUGGAGGAGAAAACACAUGGAAGUACAUUGAAAGUGAAAAAGAAAAUGCAACAAGUGUGGUAGUGAUACCCAGUUUUGAGGAGACUGAUGAAGAUAAUAGUGACAUAGAAGUGUAUAAGGUUUCAUAUGGAUGUGAAGACAAAAGCAUACCACUUAAUGAUGCUAUUCAAAUUGCAAUGCAUGGUGAUCCAGAGAAUGAUUUAGAAGAAACUGAUAAUGAAAGGAUGUAUGAUGAUGAUAUGGAUAUUAUUCCAAUGAUAUAUGAGGUUAUUAAGGAAAAAAGAGCAUGGCAGACAUGCUGUGUUCCAAAGUGCAAUAACACAAAUGUAAACAAAAGUAUGUUUCAUUUCCCUAAGCCAGUGAAACAAGUAGAAAGACAAGAAGUGAUAAAUGAAGAUAAUUUAAAAAGGUAUAUUGAAUGGGUAUCUAUAAUCAACAAUCUACGCAUCGCUGAGGUAGAUCCACUGAGUGGUUAUAAACGGUACUUUGUCUGUAGUGACCAUUUUGAGGAUCACCACUUUAAAGAUUUCACUGCAAAAAGGAAAAGGUUAAAGGGAAAUGCUGUGCCAUCUAAAAUAAGUACUGAACCACUACCACAGCAAAUAAUGGAAGAUUUUAAAUCAAUGACACAGACAUGGAAAGAUAAUAUCCAGCAACCAAUGUUAAUAAUAUCUGAUGAUAUAUGUGCAGAAUCAUUUUUAGAAGAUAAAUUAAUUUGGUAUACAUGUGACCACUGUAAAGAGAAACGUUUAGUGGGAUCAAAAGCUCCAAAGAAAUGCUGUCAUGGCAAAAAAUGUUCUGAUUAUACUGAAUCAAAUAAUAUGGAUCCUGGUGAAGUUCCAGAUGAACUAAAAGACCUUACAUUUAUUGAGGAACAAUUAAUAGCACGAAUUCAUCCCAUUAUAUCAUAUUUCAAGUUAAAAGGUUUGCAGUACGGAUACAGAGGAAAUGUCAUAAAUUUUCCACAACAUGUAAAUGACUUUGCCAGAAAGUUGCCCCAUAAAAUAGAAGAUUUGGCAGCAGUUGUAAACGUUAGAAGAAAAACUAAAGAUGAUGGAUAUCAUGAUUUUAGAGUGCGAUCAAUGAGGAUUCGAAAAGCUUUAGAGUGGUUAAAGAUUCACAAUCCAUACUACAAAGACGUAGAUAUAAAUGAAGAAUAUUUAAAUAAUCUUCCAGUAGAUGGAAACAUUUUGUCUGAACUCAAUGUGGAAGAUAAUGAGGAUGAUGAAAGUGAAUCAAAUGAUGUUAUUGAUACUGAUACUGAAACUGGUGACAGAAUAUAUCAUACAGGAAUCAGUAACACUCAAUUUCCUCAGCAAGAUGAGCAAAUUAAAGAAUAUUUAGAUUGGCCUAAAUUAGGUAAUGAACCUAUAGAUGAAUUCAAUACACCAGGAUAUAUCGCAUGUGCUUUUCCAUCAUUAUUUCCAUAUGGAAACGCAGAUCUCAGGCAGACGAGAAAAAAUGAAAUUAAAACAUCAAAUUAUUUUAAGCAUUUAAUAUAUUACCAUGAUGAACGAUUUGCAAAGCAUACAACAUUCAGAUUCUUUGCAUAUAAUUCCUGGAUGCGAUGGACUGCUUUAAAAGAUGGCAACGUAUUUGUUGAAAAACAUACUGAAUACCAAAAUAUGACAGCUGAGAGAUUAAAACAAUUGAUUGCACAAAAUCCAACAAUAAUGAAGAAAAUUAUGUUUCAUGCAUCAAAUUUAAGAGGAACAAAAGCAUUCUGGCAUGCAAGAGCUAAUGAAUUGAGAGAUAUGGUUGAGCAAUUGGGGUUGCCAACUAUCUUCCUAACAUUAAGUUGUGCAGAUGGACACUGGAGUGAUUUAUUCAAGUUAUUAACGGGGAAUGAUGACAUAAGUACCCUCACGGAAUCUGACAGAAGAAAAUUGAUUCAAGAUAAUCCAAAGGUUGUUGACGAAUUUUUCGAUCACAAAGUGCAGUCUUUUAUCAAACAUGUGAUGAAGAAAAAAUAUAAAGUGAAAGAUUAUUGGUAUCGAGUGGAAUAUCAGCAUCGAGGUUCACCACAUAUUCAUGGUUUAUUCUGGUUCGAAGACGCACCUGAUGUGUCAGAUUUAGACAAUGCUUCAGAGCAGACAUUAGAUAACAUAUUGGACUACUUUUCAAAAUUAGUCAGUGCUAUAGACCCAUGUCCUAAUACUAAUGAUUCAGAUGUCCAUCCCUGCAGAAUCACGUACAAUGCAAUAACCAAUUUUCAAGAAGAUUUAGCACAGUUGUUACAUAAAGUGCAGCGACAUACAAAAUGUGGCCCAGAUGCACCAUGCUGGAGAAAGGGAAAGUGCAGAUUCAACUUUCCAAAACCAUUGCAAACAGAUGCAUCUAUACAGAAAAAAGAAGGAACAGAUGAAUGGGAAUUCUCUCCAGCCUGUAAUGACAGUAAAUUGAAUAAAUAUAACCAGUUCAUAAUACAACUAUGGAGAGCUAACAUCGAUAUAGCUCCAGUCAUUUCGAAACAGGCAUUAAUAGCAUAUUUAACAAAGUAUAUAUCAAAAUGUGAAGUGCCUUCAAAGUUUCUUGAAACAACAUUUUCUGACGUGAUUAAGACAUUGGAAGAAGAUGAUAAGGCAAAAAAGGUAAUGCAAAAAGUUUUCCUUCGUUCUUGCGCAGAGCGAGACAUUUCAGCACAGGAAGUCAUGCACACACUUCUUGGAUUAAAGCUAUACAACGCAGGAGGAAGAAAAUUUGUAAUAGUCAACUUUAAAAAUGAAGAAUGGAUUCCAGUCAUAGACACUGAUGAUGAUGAUAUCAGAAAUAAAGGAACAAAUAUCAUUGAAAAAUAUCAAUCAAGACCAGAUACAUAUGCUCAUGCAACUUUAUAUGAAUCAGCACGAUUUUAUAAUCUUCCAAAAUGGUCAAAGCCUGAUAAAGAAAACAUCGUCAGAGUAUUUCCACGAUACACUAUAAAUGAUAAAGAAAAAUUCUUUCGACAGCAGGUUCUGUUACACAUUCCAUGGAGGAGUGAAAAAGAUUUGCUAGCAGAUUAUGAGACAUGGGAAGAAAUUUAUAAAGAAAAAGGUGUAGAUAAAUUGUCUCAUUCUGCAGAAUGUGAAAUUGGUGAAAUUCAUUUUGUGCCUGAUGAAUCUGAAGAAGCAGAUGAAGAAUAUGGAAGUGAUGUCGAUGAUAUUGAAGAUGAAGAAGGCAUGAUUUUAUCACAUUUGGGUCCACACUCUACUAUUCCUGAAGUAGAGCUAGGGAGAAGAGAAGAGGAUAUACACCACAACUGGCACUCAGUCGAUGAUGAAUAUAAAAAAUAUGGAACCAUAAAGCAAUUUGAGACUUUCAUUGAGAGAAUGAAGAUUGCAGAUAAAUCGGCUGUUUCAGAUACACCGACUACACAACCACCUCCAGUCACAUUAAGUAAAGAACAAGCAGAAGUUAUAGACUUUGUUUCAGAACAAAUCAAGCAUAUGCAUUCAGGAAAAGAUGACUUCAUCAAGAGUACCAUAGUCCAAGGAAAAGCAGGUACUGGAAAGAGUCUUCUUAUCAGACAUGUCAUAUCAUUACUUGAAAAUGAAUUUGGAAAUGACUCAUAUCUUCUUGGUGCACCAACUGGCGCAGCCGCAGUCCUCAUCAAUGGAAGAACAAUUAAUUCUAUAUUUCAUCUUCCAAAGUUUUUAGAGAAUUUUAAACCUCUCACUGGAGCACUUGGAAAAGCAUUUGCUGAUAAAUUUAAGAAUAUUAAAUAUAUUAUUUUAGAUGAAUUUUCAAUGAUAGGAUGUGCAAAGUUAGCAAUGAUAGACUUAAGAUGCAAAGAAGCAACAGGACAUUUUGAUAUACCAUUUGGCGGCAUUUGCAUAAUGCUUCUAGGAGACAUCAAACAAUUACCACCAGUAAGAGAUACUGCAAUUUAUGCCACUCAAGCUGAUACAAACAUGGCAAAACACGGAAUGGCAAUCUUUAAAAAGGCAUUUCAGAAGACUUUUAUUCUAAAAAAAUGCUUCAGACAAGAGAAUGACACAUUCCUUCAAAUGCUUGAUAAAUUGAGUACUGGACACUUUGAUGAUGAUAGUUAUACUCUUUUAUCACAAAGAUUUUCAUCAAGCGUAUCUCCAGAAGAAAAAGAUUCAUUUGAAGAUGCUAUGAGAUUGUUUGCAAAGAAAGCUACAGUUAAAGCUUACAAUAAGAAAAAAUUGAGCACCAUUAGAGACAAUCAUGGAGCAUAUGUGCCAGUUUUAAAAAUACCUGCAAAGCAUAACAAUAAACAUGCAGCACUAGGAAAAAGUUCAGACGCAGAUGGUCUGGAAAAAGAAAUAUACCUAGCAAAAGGCUGCAAAGUCAUGUUAAGGCAUAAUCUUUGGGUAGAAAAAGGACUCGUAAACGGCACUAUUGGAUAUGUCCAUGACAUCCUUUUUGAUGAGAAUACAAAUGCAUCAAAUGGAAUGCCAGCAGUCAUCAUGUGCACAUUUCCAUCAUAUACAGGACCAUCUUUAAUCCCUGGAGAAAACGUUGUGCCAAUCAGAACCAUGUCAGCAUCAUGGACAGAUGACCAAAACACAAAAUGCACACGACAGCAGUUUCCUCUUGUCGUUGCUUAUGCAUGCACCAUUCAUAAAUCGCAAGGCAUGACGCUUGACAAGGUUGUCAUUGACAUUGAAGACAGAGAAUUCUCUGGAGGACUUUCAUACGUGGCAUUUUCAAGAGUACGAAGAUUAAAUAACUUAUUAAUCUACCCAUUCCUCAUGAAAAGAUUAUCCAAUUUACGUGACCCAAAAAGAAUUGCCGCACAAGUUCGGUUUGCUUUCAUAGAAACAUUUUGCAAUAAAGUGAACAGCUAA